CGAGCGCUUUGGAAAAUAUUGCGAUGUGUGGCAUCGGCAGUGCCGUUAAUGCCUGCAAUUAGAGCGUUCACCGAGCGAAUGAAUCGCGCCGAGGUAUUGGCGCGUCGUGGCGCUCAUCCGAUCGAACGAUCCUGUUUUUGUUGAUCCGCUAUAUCAUUGUUGCUUAACAUGUCAGCUACUUUCGGCCUCACCGCUCGCUACUCGCACUGAGCGUCCCGGGUAGAUCCUGUCAGGGCUAUCAGGUAGACGCGGAUUCGAGUCGUAUCCAGCCACGUUGCAAGGCUCGACCGGGAAGUGAAAGAUAACCAAUGGCGUUUGUAUGAUCUCGAGGUCUUUGCAAUGAUGCAAAUAAUACGAUGCACUCGCCGACGAUAUACGAUAAGUACUAUCGUCUAGCUGAAUUGACUAAUUGAUUGCGGUAACAGCUUGUUCGCCAGUCGGCGGCUGAGCUGUAUUAGAAACGCAGGCAGGAUUCUACCGGUUGAUACGUCUGAAAAUAUUCGAGUUUCGAGUUCGUGUUCCAUAUACUCGAAUAUUUUCAGACUAUGGUCUUCAGAUUUGGUCUUAUCUCGAAGUAGUUGUAUUCUUAUCGCGAGCGCGACUCGCUUGACAGUCGAAAAUUCGUGACAGUGCAGUGUGAUAGUGGAUUCCGACGGAGACGGAGACGGGACGUCUUUCGGUGUCUUGGGAGUCCAGGCGGAUUUCCCGCAAGGGAGGAUUAUCGCGCGCACAACUUCGCCAGGAUUCUACUAGGAUGUGUGUUCGGGCAGACGUUAUUAGCCCCAAUAAACAUCAACUGACAGUCACAUGACGUCAAUGUUAUAAUCCACUCAGUGAUUUAACUGUUAGAUACAACACAUGUUAUAAUGCAUUAUAUAUUGCACAUUAUGUGCAAUUUACAUUACAUUUACAUUAUAUACAAUAUAUUAUAUUACGUUGUUGAGUGGGAAAUUACAACGUUAUUGUGACGUAAUGUUAGUUUUAGUUUAUGUUUACUGUAUGUUUGUGGGCCGUUACCAACGCAAACGCUGCCACUAUUCGUUUGGAGCCAAUAGUACAGUAGCGAACAGUAAUAGCGUAGUGUUAGCGUCGUUUCCGCAGUGAGUUGCACACACAUAACGGCAGACGACCGCAGAAGAAGAUGCUUACACACACUUCCCAUAGAUAACACCAUAUCUGAAAUAUAUCAUGACAAACCGGUGUGGCGUUACUUUAGCAACGUAACCAAAUAAGGAGCUAUAAGAAGAUGAAGAGGAGAUUAUUAUUCGGCAUCAUCCUGGCCAGUUUGUUCUUCGUAUACAUCAUAGUCUCGACCGAGGAGGUUCGCCAAAGAAUACCUUUCCUCGAUGCCAGGGCCUACAAUACUAGAUGUUAUAAUGAAGCUUCAACCGCGGAAGGCAUCCGUGACUUCGAGCCAGAAUCAAACGUGGACAAAUUGAAACCUGGCCGGAACAUCUUUUUCCACGAGACUUCCUGUUUUGGCGAAGAAGGUCUCAUGUUAAAUGCUCGGCAAGCCUGUGCCGUGGAAUCUGCAGCGCGGAUGAAUCCUUCCAUGACCGUGUACCUGUUGUUCGUCAGCAAGUCUGAAUUUUCGAACAACACCCGGGAGAUCGUCAAGCAUCUGCUCAAUUAUCGUAACAUUAAGAUCCGGCACAUUCAACCAGACAACUACGUGAAGAACACGCCGUUGGAAGCAUGGUACGCCAGGGGCGCGCUGAAGAAGAGCCGGUGGCCCAACAGCCACAUGUCGGACGUAUUGCGAUACUUAACUCUAUGGAAGUAUGGCGGCAUAUACCUCGAUCUGGAUGUGGUGGUCACCACCUCGCUGGAAGAUCUGACCAACUUCGCUGGUGCCGAGGAUUGGGACGACGUUGCUGCCGGCGUGAUCGGUUUCGACAUGUCGGAACUGGGUCGGCGCAUCGCCGACGCUUGUGUGCGAGAUCUGAAGAAAAAUUUUCGUGGCGACUUGUGGGGAAAUAAUGGGCCCGGGGUUAUCACGAGGACGUUGCAGAAAUUUUGUGCCACGAAAUAUGCACGCGAUAUGACGACUGCCCGCUGCCACAGUUUUACUGUUUUCCCACCGUCAAUUUUCUACCCUGUCCACUAUAAGAAAUGGAAGAAUUAUUUCGAAGUCAAAAACAGUAAUGAGACGAUGAAGAUAUUAAACAAAGCGAAAGCAAUUCACGUGUGGAACAAGUUGAGCAAAGCGGAACAGGUACGAGUGGACAGCAAUGUACCUUACGCUGUCAUCGCACGAAGGUAUUGUCCUCAUGUUUUCAAUAGUUGUAAAACAGUAUUCUGAGAAUCUAAGGACCGAUUAAGGAAAAAGAAAGUAAAGCGACAUCGUUCAGCCGUGCAUAUCACAACAAUAUAAUACCGCGAUUUGACCGAUACAAUCCGAAAGCGACGAUGUACUCAGACAAAAUGCGUUUAAUGAGACAAAGGCUGAUUUAGAAAAAGUGUUCUAACCAUCUCGCAAUACUAUUAAGACAUAAAGACAAAAUUGUAUAUUUAUAACGAUAUCAAAGAGACCAGCAUUAUACUCUAAGUAUCAGCAGAAAUCGCCGCGUCCGCAGCGAGGAUCGCACCAUAAAAAAUUGCUGCGGCGCGCGAAACAGUGCAACAUCUGUAUGUGUCUCCGCAUAUAGGUAGACUAUGUGAUGAAGUGAUCUCGACAUGAGUACAUUGAUGCUUACCAUAUCGAUCGCCUGUACAGUACGAGCCAAUAGGUCCUUUUCUUCUGCCAAGAGAAGUCUAUUUUUACAUGAAGACUCAUCGAGCUAUAUUCUUCACGUUUAAACAUCACAAAUGCAAAGGAUCAAUUUUGUUCAUCUCCUCACUGUACACGAAUAUGUGUCGAAUGCAUGUCGAAUGUAUUGUUACAAUAUGCAUAUCUUUCACAUAAUGAAUAAUUCCUUUAAUAUACACAUAUCGCUCAUCUCGCUUUAGUUCCUAAUCUAUUUAGCGUAGUAAUGUGUAGGUAUGUAUGAGACGAAGUUUUUCAAAAUGAAGUACGUGUUGCUUUCGUUCGUUUUAUUUAUUUUGGUCGAGUAGAUUCAGUGCACAAAAAAGUCAGACGAACGUAAUCCUAAAGCGGACCCAUUAGUACAAAUUGUUAAAGACAAUUACUUGUUAUUAAUAUUAAUAUUAAUAUUAAGAUUCAGUAUAUAGCAGUGGCCAAUAUAUACUGUAUAUAAUAUAUAUCUUAAAUUUUAUAUGUGUACAUGUAUGUAUAAAAUUUGAGAUCACACACAAUUUUAUCCAACUCUUGAAGAAGUAUGUUGAAUCACUAUGGGGGACUAAACACACUUCUUUCGAUUUUAUUGUAUUGUCAGCAUUACAAUUAAUAUUAAUAUUAAUGUUAUUGUUAUUAACAAUAAUAAUUCGUUACAGAUAAGCAUAAUUAAGUAUUAAACUAUAGUAAUUAUAUGCGCUAAGGUUUAAUUUUUUGCAAAUGCCAAAAAAGAUAACCAAAAGAGAAGUAGAUGACAUCUCAUUUUAAUUUUGUCUCGAUAAAAGACUAGUAUAAAUGCUAUUUGAUAUUGUGGCUGUGCCAUGUUUAAGUUCGUAGCGGAAGGCAACAGUAAAACAAAAAAAACGCAUAAUACCAAGAAAUAUGACUCAAUUAAAGUAAUUCGCAGGUACUUCUGUGUGCACAAAUGCGAAAAUAUAAAGUUACAUAUCUGAAUGUACAUGAUCUAUACGUAAACAUACAUAUCCAUUUUUUCUGAAUGUUUAGUUAUGUGUCUAUUAUGUACAUAUCACUCUGACAGCAAUUUAAAGUCAAUAUUUUAUUGUUAUAUAAUAAGUUUCGAAUAAGAGUUCCCUAGUAAUCGUGAUGGAAGUGUUUGUGAUGGAAAUAGAAAAACAUUGAACAGUAUAAUCACACGAAGUUUGAUUCGAUGUGCCAACAGUUAAUGUUUUAAGUGUUUAACGUGUAAACUCGUUGAACCUUGUUAAACUGUUGCAAAUCUAUAUGUUGCAUAUAUAGAUUACAUGUUCAUAUUAUAAAUAUUAAGACCGGAAGCUCAAUAUACAACGUGUAUGUGUGUGUCAAAACAGUAAGUCGAAGUGCAAUAAUUAAAAGGCCAAGAGAAGCUAAAGUUGAGAAAUGUAACUUAUAUAUAUAAUCUCCUUUGUACUAUUCUACAUACAUCAUAAAACUCAAAUCAUAUAUAUAUAUAUAUCAGCAUAAAGAGCAACGCAAAUAUAAAAAAUCGCCAAAAAAUACGAAAAACAUAUUAAUAUUUCUACAACAAUGCUCAAAUUAUUUUAAAUGAUGUUCGAAUUGAAGAUCUACACUCUGUCUCGAGUAUUUGUGUAUGUUUAUAGUACAAUGGAACAUGGUAUACUCUACAAACAAUUUUCUGAGCGUUGAAAACAAUUUUGUAAUCUCUCUAUUUUGCUGAUGUAUGAAGGAAAUUGUUUCGUCAUGUUCACGAUUUGAUGAUUUACUCCUAUGUAUAGUAAUUCAUAUAAACGUAAACCUUAGUAAGAAGUUGAAGAUGUUUUUUGUGAAUGAACAAAUACAAUAUUAAUAUUGGCAGUAAGCACUAAUUAAAAAUAUCAUAACAA